CUUUUAUUUUGACAAAGUAGACUUUGGUAGCCAUUUGUGGGGAAGCUCAGGGUCGCUGAUGAAUUACACCAAGUAAACCAAUGCUGAUCAACUCGAUUUGGUAACGUUAUUCCUCUUUAGGCACGUCGAGAGACUACUACAAUUGCAAGUAAAAUGUCUGCUCCAGCAAAAGGGGACCUGAGAGACGACGAGAGGGAAUUAUUACUAGUUAUCGCUGCAGGUAACGUUCAGGAGGCUUCGCGACUGCUGGGUUGCAAAGAGGUGCGCGUCAACUGUUUGGACGAAUAUGGAAUGACCCCCCUUAUGCAUGCUGCCUACAAAGGCAAAGCAGACAUGUGCAAACUGCUUCUGCAGCAUGGAGCUGACGUCAACUGCAACGAACACGAACAUGGUUAUACCGCCCUCAUGUUUGCCGGCCUCUCAGGUAAAACCGAAAUCACCUGGAUGAUGCUGGAUGCCGGGGCUGAGACAGAUGUGGUGAAUUCUGUGGGGAGGACGGCAGCACAGAUGGCUGCUUUUGUUGGACAACACGAUUGUGUCACUGUCAUCAAUAAUUUCUUUUCUCGUGCGAGACUGGACUAUUACACCAAAGCCCAGGGUCUAGAGAGGGAGCCCAAGCUAGCGCCCAAACUAGCAGGCCCCCUCCACAAGAUCAUUAUGAGCACCAAUCUCAACCCUGUGAAGAUGGUGUUGCUGGUUCAAGAGAACCCUAUGCUUGCGGAGCCAGAUGCACUGGAGAAAUGCAGUCAUGUGAUGGAGUUGAUCUGUGAGAAGUGUGUGAAGCAGCAAGACAUGAAUGAGGUCCUGGCUAUGAAGAUGCACUACAUCAGCUGUGUGCUCCAGAAAUGUGCUGUCUUCAUGAAAGACCGCCAGGACAAGUUGGACGGUCUCAUCAAAAGCCUUCUGAAAGGACGAGAUGGAGAUGGCUUCCCUGUGUUUCAGGAGAAGUUCAUACGUGAGUGCAUUCGGAAAUUCCCAUACUGCGAUGCCACUCUACUGCAGCAGCUGGUCAGAAGCAUUGCACCAGUCGAGAUUGGUAGCGACCCCACUGCCAUCUCUGUACUCACGCAGGCCAUCACAGGCCAGGUGGGCUUUGUGGAUGCUGAAUUCUGCACGGCCUGUGGAGAAAAGGGAGCUGAGAAACGAUGUUCCAUCUGCAAAAUGGUGAUCUACUGUGAUCCAGCCUGUCAGAAGAUGCACUGGUUCACCCAUAAGAAGUUGUGCAAAAGAUUGCAGGAGCAGAGGGAGAGGCAUGAGAUGGAGUCUGCUAAACACGCCGAGAGACCAGUCACAGUUGAUGCGACACAAACUGCCAUGGCAACAGAGUCAGUUGAAGAGACAACCACAGCAUUGAAGGACCUCUCUGUGGAGCUCCCCCGGUCGUCUGCCAAGUCUUCAUCAGAUGCCUCGAGUGACACGCUCAUCUGUCCAACUACUUCUACUACCAACACAGACUGAAUGUUUUUGCCCACUCAACAAAUAUCCAUGCCAUGCUUCAGCUUUGAAGAACGCAGACACAUACAUCAAGAGAAAGGGCCAUGACUAGAGAAAAAUGUCCUGUUUCUUGUGAAAAAGUGAAAUAAAAACAAAAUGUGUCAAACAAUCAUUGUUACAACUUUUGAGAUGACAUUAAUUGAAAAAGCAUUGCAACACAAGGACUAAAUCACGUACUCAUUUUUUGUGUAGAAAGGUUUUUUUCAAUUCACAAUUUAAGAAAAGGCAAGAUUAUUAAUCGCAAACAUUAAAUUCAUCAUAUACACUACAUUUGAUCAAAUCUGCUCAGACUGCAGAGUAUGCCUUGACGUUAUGAGAACUGUUGUUUGACAAAGUCUUAAAGGAACAGACCAGGAACUCACUUUUAGAUGAAGCACCACAUUUUGAACUACAUUUGUUUAUUUAUUCACCCUUCCAAAAUAUGAUUUUGAGGCUAGGCCACAAGAUCCUGUGACCUUACCUCUUUCCUGAAACACCUAGUAUCUGGAAUGCUUUGAAAGUGACUUAUUUAUUUAAUGAAUCAACAUGCCAUAUUGAGUGUUUUGUUUUUGGAGAAGUGAACCAGUUUAAUUACCAGUUCAGUAAAUGACAUUGGGUUUGAAGUUCCAAUACAACCCACUGCCAAGAGGUCUAUCUGGACUAGCAUACUGCAGUAAACUCAUUUCUACUCCACAGGUCAUCGGCUGGAACCGUGAGUGCUGUACUCCUGGACAUGUACCAUGUUUGGGCGCCUGCCUAGAGGCGUUAGUUACCAUGGUGAAUAAUGCCCUGGGGGUGCUUACUAGGGAACGUUGCAUUUCAGUACCAGCAUGUGUCCUUCAAUUGGUCAGAAGUCUUACCUUGGAUUGCUUGCAGACAAUGUGUUGUCCCUCCUCUAAUGUGUGUCCUCAGACAUGGUGUGUGUGUGUGUGUGUCUGUGUGUGUGUGUGUGUGUGCGUGUGUGUCAGUCAGUGGCAUGCAGUAUGUUUUACUUAUAGGCAAGCAGCCCCCGCCCCACCCCCCCUGCUCCUGCAUACACACACACAAACCAUCACCGCAACACAUGCACUGGCUGUUAAAACUGCUUGUUUAAAAGAACUACUGCUCCAGCCUAUUCUUCCCUUUGUUUUCCCGGUGCAUUUCUCCUUUAUGCUGUACUGUAGCCAUCUACACAUUUCUGCACUACUUUUUGCCAAAGAAAUCAAAUUAAAAAUGAUGUAUAACUGUGCCUGGCAUUUUGUGACCCAAUGAAAUUGACAGGAGCCUGCAAGGAGAUGUUGUCCACUAGGGGUCAGGCUUAAACAAUAAAUGCCAGAUGACUGAAUACCAACUAGAGGGAAGCAGAGAAUAUUAGCUUUGAGAAUGUGUGUAGCUGUGGGCUCUGACUGACCGCUCAAUAAAUGUUCAAAGCUA